CAACGGACUAGGUAGCCAGUGCGCUUCACAAUGGCUUAGCGGCUUAUCAUAAAGAAACGGAUAUAAGCGAAAAUUAAAAAAGAGGGAGCAAAGCACGUGGUGAUCUAUCAAAACAACAAAGCCGAUUGGUGUGGUGACGUUCCACCCCGGUGAUAUGUACGUCGUACUACCUAAAUGCCUUAUGUACACCACUAGUUACUACUUCAUGACUACUCCGAGCUCAGUGUGUACUGCAUUGCAACGGAAAAUAUGCGUGUUUACCAAAGUCGUUUCGGUAGAACGGUGUCGUGUGUUGCGUCACGUUUAAGGAAAUUGAUAGUGCGCCGAGGUCGACGUGACUAACAUAAUUGUGAACUUUACGUUUAUUUGUGUCAAAUCAUAAAAAUAUCUUAGUUAUAUCAGUGCAAUUGUGUGGUUUUACAAAAUGGAAUCAGUUUGCCCCUAUCCCGAUAUCAUUUGUGGAGACCUGAUUACAGUGCAAUGCCACGACUUCGAGUGUGUCCGCUAUAACCUUGCUACGUUAGGUACCAGAAUGAACUACCAAAGAAAAUCAAAUCAAGGGGCAAAGACGCGCACAUGGUGCACGAAGAACUGGUGCAACUCAUGAAAUGGAAACAAGCAAGGGGAAAAUCUUAUCCUCAAUUAUCAUACCUCAUAAAAGUGAACACGCCGAGAGCAGUAAUGGCAGAGACAAAGAAGGCGUUCAAGAAGUUGCCCAACAUAGAGUCCGCGAUGACGGCGCUCAGUAACCUCAAGGGAGUGGGGACGGCCACGGCGUCGGCGCUGCUCGCGGCGGCCAGCCCGGAGAUCGCGCCCUUCAUGGCGGACGAGUGCAUACAGGCCAUCCCAGAAAUGGAAGGAAGCGAUUACACUGCCAAGGAAUACCUCAAUUUUGUUAAACAUAUUAGAAAUGUCUGUGAUAGGUUAAAUAAGCAGGAACAAAACGGCUGUGGUAAAAAAUGGUCCCCUCACAUGGUCGAACUGGCGCUAUGGACACACAAUAUAGUCUCAGAGCUACAACCACAGCUGCUCGGCAAAGAGCCCAGCCUCGUCGCGCCCACGAACGGCGGCUCCCCACUGCCCAGCGACGAGAGCAAUCUGGAACCACCCUCCACUAAUGGCAACGGUAAACUAGGCGUGGAAAUAGUAAACGACGACACAACGUCAUGCACAGAAGACUCAAUGGACGCGAAAGGCGCGUCCCCCGCAACCCCCGCCACCCCCGCCUCUCCCUCCGACAACUCCGACUCGGCCCUCAGCACGCCGCGCGCCAAACGACAAGUGGAAGAGGCGAGCUCGGCGGAGGAGAGCUCGCUGGGCGAGGCCACGGACGCGGCGGACGCGGCGCCGCUCGCCAAGAAGCUGCGCGAGGCCACGCACUGACACCCGCGCGCCCCCGCCCGCCCGCGCCUAUAAAUAGCUCUUAGACUAAAAUAUUGUACCUAGGUAAUUUAUUUUUCAAUUCCGUUUAAUUUUAAAACAUUAGGGUUAAGUUUUAAGACCGGUCGAUUUUGUAAGUUUUAUAGGGUAUUAUUAUUAAUAUUUCGGAUGCGUUUCGACUCGGACGGACUCACGGACGCUCUGCGAGCGCGAGAGCGGCUCGCGACGGGGCCUAGAGUUAGGUUUCGUUUGUAUGUUUAAUGUUUGAAAGUUCGCAUCCCGCGAGACAUUCCAAUAAUUGUAAAGUUGGGCGGCGCGAGGGGACGUCGCCGCGAGCUCCGGACCAGAUGCCUUGACGUGGCCAGCAGGCCGUCACUCCAUUGCCUUAUGACACAGUCUGCCCGCAGAGUUUAUAUGCAACAAGAUAAUACAAAGGUCGUGUUACCCGGGCGCCGGGCACACGGGCCCACAAUGUAGUUUUUAUUGAACAAAUAUAAGAUAUUAAUUUUAUAA